CACACACAAUGUGAACUGCCGCCUCAACCAAUAACAGUAUAUAAAGCAAAGGCCAUACCGUGUUUCGCAUUAUAAUUCCAAACGCACACAAAAUUCUACUUUUGCUAGAGAGAAAUAGCGACGCUCUGGAUUCAACCUCCUCCCGUCCUUGGCGACGGUGUUUAUACCGCUUCAUCUUCAGAUUGCACCUGACUUGGAUUUAAAGAGAUUCACUUUCCUUUUCAAGACAUGGAAAAAGUGUGCUUCUGGUCAAAUUGUUACCUUCUCCGAGUGUUUUCAUUCCAAGAAGUACUAGAUCGGCGGUUUCUUUUUCAUGGAGAUUUCCUUUUGGUUUCCUUUGUCAACUGCACUUAGUCCCCAGUCUCGUUUCAUCACUCAACACAGGAGUCAUGCUAGUUUCUUCUGAGAUAGGUGUUGGAUCUUUCGCAAACUUCUUCAAGUCUGAACACUCUUGUUAGACAGUUGAAAGUUGCAGGCUAAGCAUUAGCAGCUCUAGUUUUCAAUUAUUUUUCUGUUGUUGCUCUUGAUGGGAACUUAUAAGUGAUGAGAUAUUGGUGUAUCGAGCACUCUGCACCAGUUUCUAUUUAGCCGAUAUGAGUUGACUUCAAUUAAAGUUUUUAAACCAAGUGAGAGGAUUUAAUCUUGGGAUCUUUCCUGUUUGAUAGAUCAAAUCAUUCAUUCUGGUUGCUUCCUGUCAGUAUGUUUUGUGGAGCUCAUCUGUUCCUUAUGACGAUGCCUUGUUCUCUGCUUGAAGCUGUGGGUAUAGUAAUGAAUAAAGCUCUGAAGCCCAUCAACCAUAUUGUUUCUGAUUUUAUGCUUUUGCAUGUUGCCUGAGGAAAUUAAUGGUGAACUGAGAAAGGGCUACUUUUUCUUCUGCAAGAAAAUGGAGAGGUACAAGAUAAUUAAGGAAGUUGGUGACGGGACGUUUGGCAGUGUAUGGCGAGCUAUUAAUAAACUGUCUGGUGAAGUUGUUGCAAUUAAGAAAAUGAAGAAGAAAUAUUACACAUGGAAUGAGUGUGUGAAUCUGAGAGAAGUUAAGUCACUGAGGAGGAUGAAUCAUCCCAAUAUUGUGAAGCUUAAGGAAGUUAUCAGGGAAAAUAACAUUCUGUACUUUGUGUUUGAAUAUAUGGAAUUCAGUCUUUACCAACUCAUGAAAGACAGAGAAAAGCUUUUUUCAGAAGUUGAAAUCAGAAAUUGGUGUUUCCAAGUCUUUCAAGGUCUUGCAUACAUGCACCAGUGUGGAUAUUUUCAUCGUGACCUAAAGCCAGAGAAUCUGUUGGUUACUAGAGAUACAAUAAAAAUUGCUGAUUUUGGUCUUGCGCGGGAAAUCAGUUCACAACCUCCAUACACAGAAUAUGUGUCAACACGCUGGUAUCGUGCCCCUGAAAUACUUCUUCAGUCAUACCUAUAUUCUUCAAAAGUUGAUAUGUGGGCAAUGGGUGCAAUAAUGGCUGAAUUGUUCACCUUACGCCCCCUUUUUCCUGGUGCUAGUGAAGCAGAUGAAAUCUACAAAAUUUGUAGUGUAAUAGGUACUCCAACUAGGGUUUCGUGGCCUGACGGGCUUAACCUUGCAAGAGCCAUAAACUACCAGUUCCCACAGUUCCCUGGUGCACAUCUGUCCAUGUUGAUACCAUCAGCUAGUGAUGAUGCUAUUAACCUUAUUACAUCUCUCUGUUCAUGGGAUCCUUCCAAAAGGCCAAUGGCUGCCGAGGCCCUUCAACAUCCAUUCUUUCAGAGUUGUUAUUAUGUUCCGCCCUCUCUCCGUACCAGGGCAGCUGUGUCUAGAACUCCUCCAACAGUUGGGGGGAAAGGAACAUUGGAACAGCAAUCAGGUAGGAGAUUCUCUGGGACUCUACCUAAUGCAAAACUGAGUGGCAACUAUUCAACUGUGAAGACAAAUGUAUCUUUGGGCACAGGUGUGCAAAGCAAGCUGAAUAUGGAUAAUCAGGAUCUUAGUUGGAAUGACAAGUCCUCGAAGAUCUCUGCCAAACAACCAAGGUGUUGGCCACCCGGAAGAAAGAGUCCAUUUGCUGCUGCUGCUGCUGCUGCUGCAUCCAUCAACAAGGAUCGGAGUGCCAUUGGAGCUGCUGAUGUAGCGGAUAAGUUGUCAAACGUGACAAUUGGGAAAGGGCGGCCCUAUGUUCCACAGUUAAGGCACUCUACUUGUAAAGGCUGGGAUUCAGUGGACAGCGGAGUCUAAUGACAUGUUUCUUAUACCGACCCAUUUGAUAAUUGAAUCAGCAGGGAAAGUAGUAGCAUGUAAUGUUGA